CCUCGCGAAUGGAAGCCUUUUCGAACUGAGGCGCUGGUCAAACGCAGUGAACGUGACACCUAAGCACAUAGCAUACCACUACAGCACAGCAAAGCACAACCAAGUGAGUUUUUUUUUAAUGGUGAAGAGGAAAAAUUAAAUUUCACGCUAGUUGAAUAAAAGAUUGUGAAAAGGCCGAAAGCAAUGCAUGGAAACGCAUUGGAAAUGUGCAACGAAGUGAGUUUUAGCCGAUUUUCAGCACGAAAAAGUGUGGAAGGGUAGUGAAAUUCGGUUUGAAAACGUCUAACUUUUUUCGGCAUUUGCUCGCCUUGGCUUUGGUUUGGUAAAGCGUGUAGUAGAGGAAUUUCAUACUUACAAAAUUGCAAUACUUUUGUGCUGGACUUUUCGAAAUCACCAAGAAAUGUGAAACGAGUGUGAAAAGUGAAUUGUAUAUUGGAAAAACGAAAGGAAUGAAAUUAAAUUUCUAAAGCGAAAUUCAUUUAACAAAACAGCGAAAAAAAUUUGGGCAGAAAUACGAAUGUGUGUGUGUGAAGCAUGGAAAAGGCCAUUAAUUUUCGAAAUAAAUAUCUUUCGGCAGUGAUGUGAAUACAUAUGAAAAUUUAUGUGCGGAAAUUUUGCUGGAGCAUUGAAUUUUUUGCCGCUUGUACGCAGCACAUACACUAAACUAAAAUAAAUUACGCGUCAAUAAAUGGUUAUAAAUCAACUAAAAACACAUAUCGGUGCACACAAUAAUAUUAUAAAUAUAAAUUAAAAAUAAUAUAUAUACACAUAUACAUACAUAUAUACGAACUAAUGUAAAAUUAGUGAAAAAAAUUUCGAACGUUUUUGCUGGAUGCUCUUUGAAAAUAUGGAAAAAAGGCGAGUGGGUCAAGUGCUGACAGCUAAUUGGGUACAACAGUCCAAGUAUUACAGCAUGGCGAGCAGGUGUGCGUAAAUUACAACUCGACAUAUAUAGUAUACAUGUGUAGUUUGAUUGUGAGUGUGAAAAUUAUUAGAGAAAAAUAUAAAGCACUCAGUUGGAGGCGUUGAAUAAAAAAUUACCUUGAAAACGCAGUGUAAAACACAUAAAAACCCGCACAAGUGCAACAACAAACAAUAUAAAACAACAACAACCAACCGCAACACCACCCGCUGCGCAACUAAAUAUGAGAAUUACACAGUUCACUCGUUCAGAUUUUUCGCUUGUUUGCUGCAUGUGAAUGGUCGCGCACACAUUUACUCUGACAUUUACGCAUUACGUAUACGCACCGGUGAGCGUGGCAUUACAGACCACAGGGCCAGUGCGUGUCGAGUGACAAAAGCUAGAUAAUAAACAACGUAAGAACAAUAAAAACAAUCAAAUAAACAACAGGCCAAUAAAAAUACAAUAAAAUAGUCAACAACAACAACAAAAAACAGCAGUUCACUAAUUAUCCACAUACGUGUAUGGCUGGUGUUGGAUAAUGACACAAAUGCCCAACAUCAACAACAAGCAUAACACAAAGAAAGCAACUAUAAAUUGAAAGCAAAAACAACAGCAACAGCAACAAUUGGCCGCUAAAAGGCACAACAAAUCAUCUUCAUCAACGCUUACAAGCGCUCAGUGUCCAAAAGGCCUACUGUCUAUGCGAACAAAGCAACAAUAAGCGGCCGUAAAUAAAGCGUCAAAAGCAAUUUGCCAAAACUAUAAAAAGCGCAUAUCGCGAAAGCGCGAACUGACAACAAAAAAACACUCAUAUACAUAUAUAUAUAUUGUGUAAAAAUAGUGUUUCAGCGCAUAUAUUUGAAUUAUCAACACAUAAAACAAACAAAAAAAAAGCACAAUAAAAAAGUCAGAAAUCCUUCACACACACAAACAAACGCUUCCGCAUUUGCCGCGACACGCGACGCUACGUCAUAAUGGAGCGCAAACAUUUGGGCGCUUUGGCGCUUUGCUUGUUUGUUUUGCUGUUUAAACUAAAUAUUUUCGCUGUGGUCGCCGAACAGGAUGAGGAUAUCCCACAUAAUGAAGUGCGAAACUGGGCGCUUAAAUUUGGUGUGGAUCUUUGGGAGUUCGGGCGACAGUUUACCAAAAUGAAUGAAAUCAAAAAUCGUUUUAAGGACAGUGACAUCGAAGUGAAGCGAAAGGAUGGCAUCAUGUUGCUGCGCGAAUUGGCAGCUGAGGUGAAAAAUUUCAUGGAUUUCAAACGCAACGCUGUGAUGCGCAUUAUGGACUCCGCCGAACAGGCCGCUCUCUCCGAAUUGGAAUCACAGAACUCACACAGUACUUCCGCGACGAUAAACAAUCAGCACUACGAUGCGCGUCGCAUUAACGAAUACAACUCGGAUGGUAAAUUGGCGGAUGGUGCAAGGCAUAUGGACAUACGUUUUAUGCGUCGUUUCGAGCGAUUACCCGUCAAUCUCAGUCUCAGUUCCAUUUUAGUGCCGAAUUCUGUCUCGCUUGACGAGCCUGAUGUAAAGUCAGCACUUCAGUGGAGCGCACAUCUCGAUCCACUCUUUCAAAACAAUCUUGAACGCGAUCCAGCGCUCUCGUGGCAAUAUUUCGGCUCAUCAACUGGUUUCUUACGUCGUUUCCCUGGCACUGCUUGGCCACCCGAGGGUUCGAAGGGCAGCAAACAAAUACACGACUUUCGCGCACAAAACUGGUUCGUACAAGCCGCAUCGUCACCAAAAGAUAUUAUGAUAUUAUUGGAUUCUUCGUCGAGCAUGUCGGACAAAUCUUUCGAACUCGCUAUGGCUACAGCUUUUAACAUACUUGACACGCUAGGUGAGAACGAUUUCGUCAACUUGAUUACAUUUGCGGAGGAUGUCAAAACGCCGGUACCGUGCUUUAAGGACCGCAUGGUACGCGCCACCCCAGACAAUAUACAGGAAAUCAAAUCCGCAGUAAAAGCAAUUAAGCUCGAAAAUACUGCCAAUUUCACAGCUGGUCUGGAGUAUGCGUUCAGCUUGCUUCACAAGUACAAUCAAUCCGGCGAAGGCAGUCAAUGUAAUCAAGCCAUUAUGCUCAUUACCGAGAGUACUUCGGAGACGCAUAGCGACAUAAUCAAACAAUACAAUUGGCCUCACAUGCCCGUACGAAUAUUCACCUACCUUAUCGGUUCCGACUCGAGUAGUCGCAGCAAUUUGCAUGAAAUGGCCUGCUCCAAUAAAGGUUUCUUCGUACAAAUCAACGAUAUGGAUGAUGCACGCAAAAAGGUUAUCGACUAUGCGCUGGUUAUGGCACGUCCCAUGAUAAUGUAUCAGGCCGAUCAUCCAGUGCACUGGAGUCCAGUCUUCGUUGCUGGCAAGACUGGUGGCUUGGCGCGCGACUCUGACUACCAGCGCAGGCUGGUGACGACAGUUUCAACUCCGGUCUUCGAUAGACGAAACCAUUCGGUGCGUGUGGCAAAUUUACUCGGUGUUGUUGGCACCGAUGUGCCCAUCGAGGAGAUACGUAAGAUGAUACCGCAACAUAAAUUGGGACCGAAUGGAUAUUCGUUUAUCGUUGAUAAUAAUGGGCGUGUACUGUAUCAUCCAGAUUUGCGUCCACUGAGUGAUGGUAAUCAAUAUAUUGACCAGUUGCGGCCGCGGUACACGUCAGUCGACGUAACGGAGUUGGAACUGCCGGAAACCGAAGUGGGCAACGAGCAUGAAAUUGUCGAAAUGAAUAAGAAUCUCUUAUACGAUAUGCGCAAUGAUAUGCUCAUGCCCAAGGAGGGUGAAACCGAAUUCACGGUAUUCAAUCACUUUGACGAAAUGAAACGAGUGACGGCGCGUACACAAAGGUAUUUUUAUGGACCUAUUGAAGAUACGCCCUUUACCUUAGCUGUUGUACUCCCUGAAAAAUAUGGCAGCCACGAAUUGGUCUCCCAACAGGAAAUAAGGCACUCGCGCAGAAAUGUGACCGAGUACUUUAAGGGAGACAGUUGGCGCGUACAUCCCGACUGGGUGUAUUGUGAGUACAAUAGUGUUAGCGAUUUAGAGAAGGAGCGUGAAAGCUCUGGCGAAUAUCUCUCAGCCUCACGUGAACAAGAAUUAAGUUUCGGCUCACCGGAAGAGCAGGUCUUACAUUUCUUGGGACGUGCAGGACGGCCAGGCUGGAAGUGGAUGUCGGUGCGACCAAAACCACCGCAACCACACCAUGCCAUGCAUGGCGUGACACCUGUCGGCCAUUUUGCUCAGCAUCUAAAUAACGUGCAAGGUUCUCGCAAAGCCGAACCCUACUAUUGCGAUCGAACCUUGGUACAGAGUUUAGUGCGUGAUGCUAUGGUAACCGAUGGUCUGGAUCGAAAUUCAACUGGAACGUCCAAUGGAAAGGAGGAUAAACAUCCAAUAGCCACUUUAAUGGCAAUUUUAAAGAGACAAGGCUAUCAAAAGUUUUUGGUUGCAACAUCUUUUGUGGCCACACGUUCGGGUCUGCUACGUUGGAUUGAUCACAUCAAAAGACCUGAAGACUCACCUGAUCCCCAUUUCAGUGAAGAUAACGCACGUGCCAUGGAUAUGCCGUGGUACAAACGCGCCGUGGACCAGCAUACCGUCGAACAAGAUAGCUUUGUCUACAGUGUACCCUUUGCCAAUGGAUAUGCACCCAAACUAAAUACGACGCUUGUAACCGCAUCGCAUGCUAUAUUUGUCGAACAUCGUGGCCACAAAGCUAUAGCCGCGGUAGUGGGACUACAAUUUCAGUUGGACUCGCUGGCGAAACAUUUCAUAAACAUAACCUCAACCUGCACCGGCAUGACAGGUUGUCGCCGCACAUGCGCUUCCGACGAUCUUGAUUGCUAUGUUUUGGACAACAACGGCUUUGUGAUCAUUUCCGAGCAAAGUGAACAAUCAGGCAAAUUUUUUGGUCAAAUCGAUGGUACCAUCAUGGAUUCCUUGGUACAGGACCGCAUUUAUAAACGUGUCACGGUCAAUGACUAUCAAGGCGUUUGCUCUGACUCUGACAAUCCAUACACGGCUGCAAGCACUUCACUACAACCACAUCGUGUCUCCACUUUUCUAAUGAAAUAUUUGGUAUCGUUGAGUGCCACUUGGUUAUCGCUAUUGCCAACACCUCUAAACGCAUGGCCACAAGAUGAUUAUACCUAUAAUGAAGAUGUCUUUGAAGAACCCACAUAUACGGACGAGUACGAACCUUUCGAGGAUUACAAUGCACAGAUCGAUGAAGAAAUGGAUGAGUUCUUCACCACCGCUGAUGUGGAAUACACAACACCAGCCCCUAAGCAACAUAAGCCACACACCGGACCACGCGCCUCUCCAGACCCUCAACAUGCACGCCGCUGCGAUCUGCGUACAGAUCUAUACAUGCUGCAGCCAGAACGUCUCAACCAAGGUGGACAAAACAAUCCGCUUAAGGGCAAGCUGACAAAUUGCCAUGUAUCCGGUUGUGAACGCCCCUUCAGCGUACAAAAAAUACCACAUAGCAAUCUGAUACUAUUAGUGGUGGAUACACUAUGUCCUUGCGGCUCCAAACAGUUGGAUAUUGAACCACUUGAGGAGUCCGGUACUAUUGGCGCCUGCAGCGCGCGUCGCCAGUCGCAGGAGAGUGCAAAGCGUCGCCGACCCAAAAAAUGCAUCAACUAUCAUCCCGAGGAAAUAGAAAUACAGCAAUGUGGGCGUGCCACAGCCUUGCUGCAAACGCCCGUCUCGAUCUUUGUGGCGCAUCUGCUCAUGUUGGUGGUGACAUUUACGCUGACAAAUGCGUGAUACUAAGUGCAAUGCCACUAAACAACUAAACAUCACAAGCUACAGGUCAAAACAGUGUCGAGCAUAGGUGCAGUGAAAGUACACUUUUCAUACCAUAUAUACCAUAUACAAAAAAGAAUGACUACGAGAAACAACGCAAAAACACUUACAAUAGUUAUGCCAACAAAAAUUCAACAACAAACCCACUAAUUAAUACAACAAAUAAAUGUAUCUACGAGUAUAUUUUAACAAUAGCAACAGUUUUGUCUUAGGGUAUUCAUAUACAAUACAUAUAAGUAUGAGUAUAUAAGUAUGUUUGUGUAAAAUUAAGUUUCUUAAGUUCCGACUUAGACAAAUGUUAUUUGUAGAUAUAUUUUUUAGAGCGGAAAGAAAUUUUAGACGAUUCAUGUAUCGCAUUAAAUGCAGCCCACUUGAUUCAAAAGGCAUAUUUUUAUGUCAGUAAAAGAAAAUCUUUUUUUUUUCAUAGAAAUAGAAAAGGCUUAAAAAUACUUUUGAGGAUCAAAAUUACUCCUUUGGAAUUAUAUUCAAAUACUUCUCAAAAUUAUUUUGUACUUCAACAAUGGUUGUGUAAGCGCGGCAACUCUGUUGUAGUUAUUUCUACAUAACAGUCAGUUUUUGAGGGUCUCACUUAAUGGAUUAAAGUGAAAGGCAAAGUAAGAACAAUUUCUUUGCUAUGAUAGUAUACUACUUUCAAUUUAAGUAAACAAAACCUUGUCAGAAAAUUUCUUAUUACUAUUCCUAAGCAUUAGCAUCAAAGUCGACUUUUGACAGAUCAGAAUCAGACAAAAAAGCGCUGUUUCCACUAAAAUAUAUAACUUUGUACGCCAUCAGAAGAGAAUAUUGUUUGAGAAUAUUGAUAGGUACCGAAUAUUUGGAUCCCAGUACCUCCAGUUGACUUUUUACCGAAAAUAUUGGUCAAGUGUCAAGUUUAUAAAUGAAAUUCGGAGAGAAUCCUUUCCUGAUAGUAAUAUGUCUGUGUGCUACAAAUGGGUUGAAUGGAGUCAAUACUUCCUUUAGCCCAGGCAUACCUACCAUAAUAUAAAGAUUUUUGAAUUUUCGAAUGACUUUAUACGGCAUUUAUCGGCCAAUGUGUGCGUUAUUUUAAUAAAAUUAAGAGAGCGUGUUUUUCUUAUAACGAUGCAUAUUUGUGCUUGUAAUGAAUAAAAUCGAGUGAAAACCCCAUAUAACUAACAGGCCUUAUGCACCUGCGGGUACUUCCCUGGUUUUAAUCGCUGCAAGUUGCAAGAGUAUGAAAUGCUCGGUUAUACCCGAACUUAGCGCUUCCUUACUUGUUGUAAUUCCACUUGGAACAUAACGAGGAAAUAUUAGCCUUAAAGUUUAAUUUUCAACCAGAAUUCAAGCGCAUCGCUUCGUUUAAAGUCACACAGGAAUAAAUAUAAAAUAAAAUAAGUACUUACUCUAUGAAGUAUGAAGUUCUCAAUUCACAAGUCUUGAAUUGGUAUCUGCCUAAAGGCAAACUGAGAGUGAAGUAAAUAUUUAAUUGUCCAACUUUGGAAAAACUCUUGAUAUUCAAACUGGAUUAAUAAGAUUUCCGUCAAUAUUCCGAAAUGUUCUAACAGAGGAACAUAUCGCUCUCCAACUGACUUUCUGCUUCAACGUGGCCGCUUUCACAUAUUAAAUUUAUGGCAAGUGUAUACGUAAAGUUGAUGCCAAAAAUAAUUAUUUUAGGUGCAAAAUGGAGAAUUUUAGUACACGGUUUGUUAUAGAAGAAUUUAGUUGUUUCUAGAUACCUCGAGUUAUCCAAUUUAUUUAAUUGAAGAGGUAUGGAAUAGUUAAGUACCCGUAUUAUGAGAUUAAAAAUUGUCUAAUAUUCAAAGUACAGUUAAGCAGAGAACACUACGUAUACCUUCGAUGUAUGUGUUUUCAGAGUUUCCUUUUCAAAACGAAUCAGAGCAACAUUUAAACAGAAUGCGUAGUUAUUUCAGUAAGGAUUAGACCGACGUCUUCCGAAAAUAAAAAUGGAAAGAAAUUCAAUUCCAUUAUAUUAUAAUUAUACUGAGUAAUUCAUAACCAUGAAUUCACGUCUAUCAUCGGAAAAAUCGUUGAAAUCCUCUUCUCUGUAAAAUAGUAAGUACUUUGUACCCAAAGUAGCAGCGAUCAAAAUCAAGUUUUUGUAUGAAAACUUUUCUAUUUGACGAGAUAUCUUCACGAAACUUAUCACGGACUCUUGUUCGAGACAAUACUACACUGUCUGAAGAUGUUUUCCUGAUCGGAUAAUUAUAUCAUUUAGCUAUCAAAAAAUUGAGCGAUAAAAAUCAAGUUCUUGUAUGGAUAUUUCUUCAAACUUUUCGCUUUAGUGCAGGGGAAGUUGACGUGCAACAAAUACUGGGCGACCCAAGCCAACUGCAAAGUUAGAAAAUAUAAAUUUCCGCUCUAAAUUUAAUUUUAUUACUUUUUUUUAAUUAUUUUUUUAAUUAAUUAUUUUUUCGAAAGCAAACUGAAGUAAAUUUCAUGAUAUUAACUAUUAAAUCCAAAUGACGGGUAAUAAUCAUGUUUUGUAAUUAGAAUAUUUUUUCAAAUUAAUUAGAAAACAAUGGAAUAAGUUUCUUAGAUGCCUCCUACUAUAUUAAAUAUUCAUAUAAGCUAGGUCGUAGUUAAAUUGAAAAACAAAUAAAAAACGAUUUUGUGUAAGUUGGUAGACAAUAAAAACUUAAUUUAAUUCAAAUAAUUUAUAAAUUCAUAAAAAAUUAGAUCCAAUUAGUUGUACUUAAACUAUACUGAUUAAAGAACAGUUAAGGUGAAGUAAGCAAACUUAGUAAUUUAUGUAUAUUAGUAAAAAAAAAAAAAAAACAAA